AUGCGCGGUGGCAAAAUAGUGCAAAAGAAUCAAAAUGAGUACAGCUGUUCUCUGACGAAUGGUCAGGACAUCUCUGCAGAAGCUGCUGUGGUGCUGAGUCCUGAGAAUCCUGAGGUUUCGCUGGAAUGUACAGGUGGGGGGGAGUUCAUGCCACGUGAUGGCGCGAAGGAGCCGUAUCUCACAGUCUGUCCUUCAUCAGCAACAUACAAGCAGGACUGCGAACUGGAGCCCGUGUUGCUUACAUCAUACCUCCCGAAGGCGCAGGCCAGCUGGUAUGCCAUAACACCAAUUCCUGUAAACAACGAUGAAACGCACGGCUAUAAGUAUGUUUUCAAAAUACCCCCCGAUGGAUUUCCGCCCAUUCAGACGCAAUACAAGUUCGGAUGCCGAUACCCCACACACGAGUUUUGUAUGCUUACCGCUACAGUGGAGCCUACAAAAGCACCUGCGGAGGACCACAAUGUGACAUGCGUAUUCUCGGACGAACGGCCAGUUAAUUUCGAACUGAGUAUCUCAGAAGACAAGAAUUCAGCCGCUAUUGCUUGUGGUGAAUAUGCAAUCCCCCAGCCCUGGCCUGCCUACACCAACAGCUAUUGCUCAGGGGGAUCUGCGGAGCCAGCCGCGUGCGCGCCGAAACCGCUGACAGACAUCAUUCCUGGAUUUGAAGCGGCGUGGUGGCGGGGCAGGAUGCAUUCGAGCCACGGUGCUGUGCUCACAAUUCCUGUAGGGAAGUUCCCUCCGCAGCCUGCAAUUUUCGUUGUUGGCUGUUCGCGCUAUGUCGACAGGGGACCAGUUUGCAAUGUGAAAGUUAGCGUGGCUGCUGGAACAGGGACGAACCGUCAACAGCAGGACGGCAGGACCGGAACCAUUAUGACAGGAUCGGGCAGUCUAACUGCGUCUGGAGUAGGUUUCUUGCUUGCAGUGACGCUGUUGGUUUCUGUUCAUUUCAACACAGCCGCGUAG